CUCUGCACUUUCUUCUGCACGCGGCAGCCAUGAAAGCUCUCUCUGAAUUCUUCUCCAACCUCAAAACCAUGACCAAAGUCUUCUUCACCCUCCUACUUCUUGAAAUCAUAUUUCUAAUCCGUUCGGUCACCGGAUUAAGCCCCAACUCGGAUAAACGCCUAAUCACCACUAACCAAUACCUUAAACUCAUUGAAAAAAACAAUCCCACAACUCUUUUCACUAAAAGAAUGAGGAUUAUGACCGAGUCAACUGAAUGCACGGUGUGUUUAUCUGAAUUCAAAGAAGGAGACAAGAUUAGAAAGUUGCAAUGUAAGCACACGUUCCAUAAGGAUUGCCUAGAUUGCUGGCUACAACAAUAUCGUCGUGGCACAUGCCCACUUUGCCGGACUAAGGUUUUGCAAGAUGAUAUUGUGGCUAGUUACCGUCGGAUGCGAAAUCAGGUGGAGUACGAUGGGAGCGAUGAGGAGCUCAUUUUCUUGUUGUCUGCAUUACAUGGCAAUAGUUUACAUAGAUUGUUCUAAUUAAGUUGUCUCUUUUAUAUAGAAUACAUGUCUCAAGUUUUGUACAUAGAAGCGCAUAGAUUCUUGUCUU